GAAACUGCAUAAAUAUGCCACAGGUGCAAGACAAAACAAUAAUCUCUGCUUUCUAGUUUCUACUCUCACAGCUGUUUAUUUUCUUCCUCUUCUCAACUGUGUUCGUGUGUAUGCAUUUGAGUUGAAAGCCAGACUCAAGGAGCUGAAAGACAAAAGAAGAAACUUGGAUUUGAAUAAGCCAAAAUUUGAGUUACACGUAAUUGCAAAGAUAAGAUGAGUGUUAUGUAUAGUCCUGUUCUCAAUUACUCAGAUGUGGAGCAUCAGCUAAGGAAAAACCAAGACAUGGAUUCAAGUAUUGGACAUCCACAACAACACUGUCACCAACCCAAUUCUGGACUAUUGAGGUAUUGUUCUGCUCCAAGCUCAUUGCUGGCAAGCCUCAUUGACAACACCAUUCAUGGCUGUGUCAACGAGGAAUCGUUCACAAGUGAGAAUCAUCAUCAUCAUCAGCAGCAGCAGCAGCAGCAUUAUCUUCCAUCUACAAGUUCAGAAAUGGAGACCAUGUUAUCCAAAUUGCUACCAUCUAACAAUGGAUGGAGCAAUUCAGAAGCUUUGCAAGAAUUUGGAGGCAAGCCUGUGAAGCAGGAAAUAGGGGAAUCUAUUCCACAAGAGCCACCACAACAGAAUGGUUAUUCUUAUGGUGGCUCUCAGUUGAUUUACCAAUCUCAGCAAAUUCAAGGCUUGCCAAAUGGUGGAUCUUCCAGUGCUUCUGGCAGUGCUUUUGAUGGCUCUUUUGGUGUGGUGCACUCCAUGGCUUCAGAGGACUCCAUUCAAUCUAAAAUGGGUAUCAGGAAUUGCUCCAAUCUCUUUAGGCAAAAGAGUUCCCCUGCUGGAUUUUUCUCCAUUGAAAAUGAUCUUGCAGCAUUGAGAGAAGUAGGAAGCUUUAAAGCCGAUGAUGUUUCAAAUGGACUAGUUACUGCAUCAACUGGUGGGUUGCAUAGUUCUCAUACUUUCUCAUCUAGGCCAUCUUCAUGCUUGAAACGGUUGCCACAAAUAGCCGAAAAUGGAAAUGAAAGCCUAGAAGAAAAUUGUGACCAAAGUAGAAACCUAGUAAAUGACAAUGGUAGCUCAAAAUGUUACAUACCUAGCUUCACCAAUGAAUUAUGGGAAAGUUCUGCAUUCAAUGCCCCAAAAACAGAGAAUGAAGAUGAAAUCAUGUUUUCCACUUCAAAUAUUUUGGAAUCUCAGGAAGCAGAUUUCAGCUUUCAAAAUCUGGGUUUGACUCACCAUUUGAGUCUACCUAGCUCUUCUACUAAGAUGUCAUCCAUAGAAAAGUUUCUUCAGAUUCAAGGUUCUGUUCCUUGUAAAAUUCGAGCCAAAAGAGGCUUUGCCACUCACCCAAGAAGUAUUGCAGAGAGGGUAAGAAGAACAAGAAUUAGUGAAAGAAUCAAGAAACUGCAAGACCUUUUUCCAAAAUCAGAAAAGCAAACAAGCACAGCAGAUAUGUUAGAUUUGGCAGUUGAGUAUAUUAAGGACCUGCAGCAAAAAGUUAAGAUACUCUCAGAUUGUAAGGCAAAGUGCAAAUGUACAAGUAAUGAGAAGCAUUACACUAGAACUUGUGCUUGAUUUAUUUGCAUGUAGAUAGCAAAAGGAUGGAAGAUUUUUUAGUGUGCCAAAGUUAGCAAUUGUAAUUAGAUAAAAUAAUGCUGACAUUUGCCUGGAGUGAGUUUAGGACCAGGUGAAUUUUUUUUUUUACUUUUUUUUUUCAUUUUUUCCCUUAAUUUCUUUUUCUUCAUAGUUUGAUUUAAGGAUCAUAAAGACCUAGCAUGUUUAGCAUGAGUUUUGUAGCUCUUCAUUAUUACAUAUAAGAAUUUAUGUUGAAAUUUAUAUGGA